ACCUUGUCUUAUGUAAAUCUAUAUAUAGAGAACACUAUCUUUAAUAACCUCUUGAAUUUUGACACUUAUUUUAGAAGUGGAUUGGGGAUAAUGACGAUUCUGGCACAUAUUUUUGCAGUGUUGUUACUGGUAUCACUAUGUGCAGGUGAAUGUCAUGACAUAGAUACAAAGGCGUGUGAGUUGAUGCAACAACAAAACCCUAAUCUUUGCAAAGACCCAUCAUUGUCUUCAGCUGCAUGCCCAAGAUUUUGCAAGCUGUGUCCCCUUGUGUGUCAUCACUGUGAGGCAUCUGUUCUGAAUUUUACCGACUGUAGCACAUCAAAGACUUGUCAAGUAGGAGAGCAAUGUAUGCUACAUCAACUGACUUCCUCAAAGGACGGUCAUCAUGAAUACCGGAUGAACUGCGCAAGCUUGGAGAUGUGCGAUGGAACCGGUUUGAUGCCAUUUGGUAGACGUGACAUUCAAACACAUUGCUGUUCAGAGGACAUGUGUAACUUCCCCACUACUAUACCAACAACUAUACCAACAACUAUACCAACAACUUCAUCGCCACCAGUAUGCAACCGUAACAUAGAAAUACUCAUACAAGAUUCUCAGGAUAAAACAGCGUCGCAAUACAACAUCCAAUUUGUGAAAGAUUUAGCUUCACACCUUGUUAUUGGACCAACUAACAAUCUUGUUGGAUUAGCAAUACUGGAUUACAGUGUACAUAGACGUUUACAUAUUGAUUCUCAUCAGAGUCUCUCCGAACUUAUGCAAGCCUUAGAUAGACUUCCGUUUCACCAAGAUGUCAGUACCGUGACCGUCAGUGAUGUCUCCCAUUAUUUAACCAGGGAACUUGAUCACCUACACCUUGAUGGGAGAGCAUCCUACAAAAACUCGGUUGUCAUUAUAGCUGAUCACACCGCAUCGCCUGAGGCACACCAUCACCUUCCUCCUCACAUUGAUGGACAUACUGGACAUACACAGUUGUCGUCCGUGACGGUUAUCAAUGUAGGUGGUGCCAGUCCUGCAGGAUUAUCACAAUUGGCCACCGACUCCAAUCAUGUCAUUAACGUUAAUGACUAUGCAUCACUUAGAAACAGUUUGUCGAAGGUUCUUCAACUGAUUUGUUCUUAAAUGUAUGGCUUAUGAAUAAAAGUUAAAUUUAAAUUA